AUGCUAUUCCACAAACAACGCGUUAUAAAAAUCGUUGGGGAGUUCGUAUAUUUGAAGAUUGGCAAAGUGGGCGAGAAAAUAAAGCAGUCAUGUGUGAAAGCAAUCCUUUCAGCUUUAGAUUUGCAGAAUUUGCAAAAUUUGGAGACAGAAUUGUGUUCAAUGACGGCAAGAACGUUAAACUUCUGGCUUAUCACAUUUGUUCAAGAAGUUUGCGACAAGGAUGGCAAGCCAUAUCCCGGGCGUACA